UUUACCUUAUCACACUUAUCUGUCAGAUUACAGAAUUAAUAACAAAUAUUUUAUUUGUUUGAUUGUGUACUGGGCAGGGACUAUACAAAACUAAUUAAAUUAAAAUAUAUAUUAAUCAUAAUAUUUAUUCUGAGAGACGAUUCGGUAGUUUAGUGCAGCAAUGGGCGAAAAUGAAAGACAGCCUCUUCUGCAGAAGGAAAUUAGAGAUGGGGAGGAUGGUACCAUUUCCAUCAGCUCUUAUAAUACAGCACAAACAGGAACAGAUUCAAUAUCUAACAUUGGAGGCCAAACAACUGUUAGUCCCAUUGGUCCAGAUGAGCUACCCCCACCUUUUUACCAGCCUCCCGAGGGAGGGGUUCCUAUGGUUACUUGUCGUGUCUGUCAAGCAAUGAUAGAUAUUUCUACAAAAAGAGAGCAACAUGUAGUCAAAUGUUCUCAAUGCAAUGAAGCUACUCCAAUUCGAAAUGCUCCUCCAGGUAAGAAGUAUGUACGCUGCCCCUGCAACUGUCUUCUCAUUUGCAAGAGCUCUUCUCAGAGAAUUGCAUGCCCACGACCCAACUGUAAACGGAUUAUAAACCUGGCUCCAAGUCCAGUGACGCCUCCUGUUCCCACUAUGCCGGGAAUGUGUAGGGUUAUUUGUGGACAUUGUCAGGACACAUUUUUGUUUAACACAUUAAAUAACGCCCUAGCCCGCUGUCCGAAUUGCCAUAAGGUCUCCUCCGUAGGCCCUGACUAUUCUCGCGGACGCGGAAAUAUAUUCUUCAUAUUAACCGUAAUCUGUUUAGCACUUGGUAUAGGGCUUACCGCUGGCACUUACCCGUUCGCCAGUACUCAUAGCGGGAUCUAUGUAGUUUAUGUAGGUUUCUUUUUCUUUGGCCUCGUUUUCUUACUUCGUAGUAUAUAUUAUUACUUUAUGAAAGUGAGCACCAUUGAAGGCCCAAUGUAAAAUGGGUUAUUGAGCUGAUAAAUGUGAAUAAAGAUGGAAAGGGUAGAGGAAAAUCGGGGAUUUCAAAAAUAUCGUUGGCUCUCUAGUAUAUUUUUAAUUAUUAUUUAUAUAUAGCUAAAAACGUGAUUUCAUAGCAUUAAUAGCACUUUUAUGUAACUCUAAAAUUUUUUUUAAUGAAAAUAAAUGUUUUAAUUCUUAUUGAUACAAGACGUGAAUAGUAAUUGCUAUUGUAAUCAAAUUUUGCUUUUUUGUUUGACUAUAGUAACUUGUAUAUUACCCUUUCUAUCAAUAAAUUCUAUAAUAAUUAAUUAAUAAUUGUAACAAUAUUGCUACUACAGUAGUUGUUAUCUUAUUUUUAGCAAUUGAUUAUUCUAGUGUGAUUUAUAAAAAGGUUUAUUGUCUUAUAUUUAAUUUAAAUGUUUUUUUUUGUAUUGUCCGAUAAAUUGUAUAUUAUUUAUAGUAUAUAGUGUAAUUCCUAAAAAAAAUAUGUCUUGAAAAACCUUGAAGGUCCAUAUAUUUUUCCUGGAUUCUGAAUAAAAAGUGAUAUUAUUUUCUAGUUUGUGGUAUGAUGUUAUGUAGAAUGUAGAUUAUAAUGAUUUGAGAAAACAUUCCAUUGGAAUAGAUGCGUUUUCGGUUGCAAUUUUAAUUUUUUCACCUGACCCAGUAAAAAUAUAUUUACCCUCUCGGGGUGAAUCAAAAAAUGUAUAUGGAUAGAUCUUUAUAGUGAAUUUUAUAAUAUAAUAUCCUACGCAUAUAAUAAUAAAAAAUAUUUUGAAAAUGA